AAAAUAAUCACAGAGCAACAGCGGGAAAAUGACAGAGCCUUGAGGAAAGCCGGAAGAGAUAUUGAGAGGGAAAGGAAGAAGCUGGAAAUGGAAGAGAAGAAAUUGGAGACGGAAAUCAAGAAGAAUGCUCAGGCUGGAAAUAAGGAAGCCUGCACUCUCCUGGCCAAGCAAUUGGUCCAACUGCGAAAGCAGAAAAAUCGCACGUACGCUGCUAACAGCAAGAUCACGAGUGUAGGCUUCCAGAACAAGACCAUUGGGGCCAAUAUUGCCUUGUCCGGAGCUAUGGCAACAACAGCCAAGACAAUGGGAGAGAUGAACAAGGUGAUGCGACCGGAAAAAUUAGCCGGGGAUAUGAGGGCUUUCCAGCAGGCUAACAUGAAGAUGGACAUGACGGAUGAAAUGAUCAACGACACAAUGGACGAUAUUCUGGCUGAGUCAGGAGAUGAGGAAGAAUCUGAUCAGAUUGUCAACAAAGUUUUGGAUGAGAUUGGCAUUGAAAUGUCUGGUAAAAUGGCUGAGGCUCCUUCAGCAGUCUCAGGAACAAUUGGAGAAUCCUCAAGGGCAACGACUGAAAAGGACAUUGAAGCACAAUUGGCCAAACUGCGAUCAUCUUAAGCGUCCGUACCAAUUUGCAUUCCACGCGGGCCUUCAGAAGUCCUCCGUGUAAAUAAUUUUUUUUUCAUUGCUGUGCAAAGGAUUUUAUGCCUUUUGGAAUCAAAGAAAAAUAUUCACUGUGAGUCAAUUUCUUUUUUUGUAUUUAGAUUGGAUAAAGGUAGAAUUUCGUUUGAGAUUUGUUAUGUACAUUAGACAACAAAGAUUAAGGUUCUUUUUAGUCAUUAAAAUUUAAUUAUUAAUUUACGAAUUGUUUUUCUUCUAUUUAGAAAUUUUUCCUAUAAAUUAUUCAAUUACCCAAAAAAAAAUGAUGUACUUUGUAAUUAAUUUUUUAAAUAAUAUAAGUAUCUAAACUCUACAAA